UGAGCACCGUGCAAGUUAAGCUCCACACUCCUAAUCGAAUCAUGAGGGCGCUGGCGCUGUUGGCACCGCUGGUCAUCGCUGUGGCGGUGGCCAGGCCAGACUUUGCCGUCCCGGCACGGAUGGACGGUGUGGCGCGCGGAAACCUGGACGGCACCGGGAACGUGGUGCAGAACAGUAAUCGUGUGCUGAACAUUCUGGACCAGUUCCAAUCGAUCACCGAGUGGCUGUACGGUCUGCAGACGCCCGCCCUGUACCGGAUGGCGACCGGCUUCCGGUCCGUCAUGGACAGUCUCGUCGAGACGGGCAGCCCCAUCUUCCAGGCCCUGUCGAACGCGGCCCGCCUUUCCAGCGGUAACGUUUCGUCCAUCUUUGCCGGCAUCCGGCGGAACAUUGAGGUGGCGGUGGCCCUCGACGGCCUGCACCAGUUGGCGGUCAAUGAGACGGCCCCGUUUCUGGGCGAGGACGGUGUGCGAAACUUUAGCGCCGUGCUUAGCCUGCUGGUGCGCAAUGUGCGCAAUCUGAGCGCCACGUUGGACGACGAAAUCGAACCCGGAGUCGUGGACAUCCAGCGGUUGCCGUACCACGCGAGCCAGCAGCUUGUGGACGCGCUGUACCCGCGGGAAGGUGUGCGCCAGCUGAACCGUGUCCUGCUGGACUACGUCAACAUUGGGCUGGCCACGGUACCGCAAAUCAACGCCGUUGUCAAUCGGGUCCGGUUGAUGGAUGGUUUCAUCACUCGCCUCGAUUCGGUCGCCACCACCCAGCAGCUGUAUCUGAACAAUUCGCUGAAUUCCGUCGAUGCCACGGUCAGUAGCGCCGUCCAGGGCCGGCUUCAGGCUGGCCUGAGGGGCCUCGGGGCAAGCUUUAACCGGAGCGUGACGACAGUCAGCGGGAAGCUGGAGGCGUUCCGCGGUGAAUCGGACUUUCACCGGGAAGCGCGCAAUUCCGCGAGCUUGCUGGGCGAACGGUUGGCCAACGUCACCCGGACACUCGAUGGGCUUGCCAGCGAGCGAGUCCGGGUGCGGCUACCGACACGCGGAUCGCGAGUCGUAAUGAACCUCACGAUCGCUGCCGUCAACAGUUUGGCCUGGCACCUCACACUGGCCGUCACAUCGUCCGCGGCCGGGGCGGACAGUUGUUUCCGGCGGUACAACUUUGAGUUCGACAAAGUUCCGCGACAAAUCUACGGUACCCUGUCCGGGUGCGGUCAGGACGAGCUGCGAGCGCUGCAAGCCGUCACGGGUGCCCUCACCGGGUACCUGGCGGCCGUCCAGACGCAGCUCGAUGCGGAAACGAGAAACUACGACCAGUGCCUCGGUGGGUUGGGGCUGAACCCUUCGGAGGAGCUGAUGCGCCAGCGACGCGUGUGCCUCGAGGGUGCCCGCCAUUUUUCGACCCUCCUCGGUGGACCCGUGUUCCACGGGCAGCUGGCCACGUUCGCCGGGUUGCUGCAGGACGAACAGGUGAACAGCUUCGAUCGGUACAAUGCGUGCGUCUCCGGAGCCUAUCGGCUGAUGGCGACGGAGGCGGAGUACCUGGGGAACUCACUGGCGACCUGUAUGAAUCGAACCCAAUCCUAGCAGCGGGCCACAAAUAAACACUUUUAAA